CAAUUUGAUCAGUUUCUUGUAGCGACUCGCGACUCACCCUAGUGCUCGGCGUGCCCUGCACUAGCUAUUCGUAACGACCUCAUGUUGAUCUCUUUGAGAGGUCUUUGGUAUAAGAAGUGCCACAGCCCGGCUAGCUAUCAAUCCCCCGCAGUCUCCUCGAUUUGAUCACAUAUCGAUCAAUUACUCUCACAGCAGCCACUCCCUUACAGACGAUUCUAUUCAUCAGGAUCAUAAUCCGGCAUAAUCAUGGCCAUUUCCCGCCCCUUAGGCAUCGCGGUGCUCGCGGGAGUCGCGGUGCUGGCUCACUUCACCCUCGGUAGACAAGCCGGGCUCAACGGGUCCUUUACGCUGGAUACCGUCUUCGAGUUCAAGAACCGCAUCCUCCACAACACCAACAUCCCCAUCGCCCUCCCACAGACGGGCAUUGCACCAAUCGACAACUACUUUGCCUUCAUGUUGAACUUCUUCUGGGCGGCGCUCGACGAAAGAAAUGUCGCGGGACAUUUACAAGCCAACUACAUUGUGGGCACGCUAUCCGGCGCAUUCUUCCUGAUGCUCUCCGAGGCCCACCGAUCUUCCAGCUCGGUAGGAUUCAUGCUCGGCACAUACUUCUGCGAGCUCAUGGGCGAGUUUUUCGGCAUCGGAAUGUUCACGCCAGUAUGGUGUGUCAUCCAUCUGCUCAGCACCCGAGCUCCAUUAUCCCAGGGUAAGCAAGAUGGCGUGGAAACAAUCGCAACCCCGCCCGGCACAAUGCGUGCUCUGGGCUAUGCGCUUUUCAUCGGCCAUUUCAUCCCCACAUUACUCAUGAAGAACUGCGCCAUCGACGGCCAAGGCUGGAAAUCCGCACAGCUCUGGACGAUCCUGCGGCUCUUCCACCCGGUUUUCGUGCUGGCCGCGUUCACCAUCUUCAAGUCUCUGCCGGCGACGUCUUCGGUGCCGGUCUCAUCCAGCGGACGGGUCUCGCACAAGCGCAAGCUCUACCUCUUCGCCAUCCUCGCGUCCGCAACGGGCCACAUUAACACCCUCGGUGUAGUCCCCGCGCUCCGUGAGAUCCCCGCGUGGAUCAUCCCCAACGUCGCGGCCAUCACGGAUGGACGAAGGGUCGAUUUUGCCACGGGAGUGGCGACGUUCUUGCAAUGGGAUAACAUCUGUGCCGCGUCGGCGAUUUUCAUCUGGGCGGCCACGCUGUACCUUGAGAGCUCGACGAAGCGGUCUGGGAAGGGUCUCUCGUUGAACGUGCUUCUACAGGCUGUUGGAUUGACGGCGCUUGCGGGACCGGCGGCUGGUGCUGCGUUCUUUUUGCAGGAGCGGGAUGAUGUCCUCGUUGAGCACUACCAGACUCGGGCCGCUGUCGGCCAGAAGAAGUAACUUGCUACGUACAGGAACCAAUUAGGCAGAGGAAUCCCGAUGAUUCAUCUGGUAUAUUUUCUCGCCGAUGGCUAAUUAUACGAUAUCUAUCUGCGGCUUAGCUAGUAGGCGAAGUGGAAAAGAAAGGUUUCAGUUCUCGUCUUUUUUAAGCCGUCGGAGUGCACGGUCCGAUCUGACCGAAUUCUGAUGGGAUUCUGUAGCAACACAUAUGCUAGUCAAUGUCCCAGAUUUGUCGAGCUCAAUCACAGUCUUGUUAUAUUACAGUUCAAGUGAACUGUAGCGACAUUGCGUACAAACACACCCGCUGUCGAUCAAGUUUUCAACUCUAUCAGAUUUCUACCAAUG